AUGGGCUUUGUUCGCUGUCUACAAGCUCUGUUGUUGUUAUCACAACUCAUUCCCUUUCACGCCUCCCUUAUGACGCAGAGAACAGUAAAUUGUCAAAACUUCAAGUUUGCUAUAGAUGAGGAUGUCAUCUACAACCAUGUUCUUGAGAGUCACGUGUUUAAAAGAUCAACAGUCCUCAGCGCCGCCCAGUGUCACGUGAAGUGCAAAGAUGACUGCUUGUGUGUAUCCAUGAAUUAUUUUCCAUGGUCUAAAGAAAAUAACUGCGAGCUUAACGAUGUUAACAGAGACAUGGAGCCCGCGGCAAUAAAAUGGAAGCAAGGAGGAAAUUAUUAUGAUCUGGUGAGGAGCUACACGCUAAAGGGCGGAGAAAACUACGUAUCAGGAAAACAUCUUUGUGUUAAUAAAUGCUGCAGCCUAAAUCCCUGCCUCAACGGAGGGGUAUGUCAGGAAAUUUGUGACACUCACAGCACCAGGUUUAACUGUACUUGUCCUGAGAUAUACACUGGUCAGCGGUGUGGUAAGAUAAGUCAGAUUACUUAUCCAAGAAGCUGCAAAGACAUUGCUAAGAACGGCGCCUCAGCAGCAGGAAACUACAAUAUAUUCAACUCAGCCGAUGAACCGUUUUCUGUUUACUGUGACUUGCAAUCAGAACCUGGCUUUGUAUGGGCGUUGAUACAGUCUUUCUCCAUUGCUAAUAAGGCGACAUUUAAGGACAAAGGGUUUGGCACCGAUUUUCCCGUGAAUGACAAUAACAACAAUAAGGAUUGGAACUCUUAUCGGCUUUCAUUGGCAAGAAUGCAAUCUCUUUUUCAAUACUCGACACAUCUGAGAGUAACAUGCAACUUUCCAACAGAUGGCCUGCGGUACACGGACUACGCACGCGCCGUUCUUCGGGCAGGUCAUGAUAUAUUUGGAAACUGGAAUCAAGAUUGCAAAUUGUUCGAGUAUAUUAACAUCCGCGGAAUUCACUGUUCUAAUUGCACCGCCGACACAAGAAUGGAAUCUGAUAAAGCUUGGUUCGUAAACAGUUUUAAAAGCAAGGACAAAGGUUGCGAUUUUGAUGGAUCACCAGGAGCAGUUGACGGCGAAAAUAAUUUUGGAAUGUACCAUUCCGGGGCGAUAAAUACGAAUCACCGCUGCUCUUCUUCAUCUUCCUCUACAACACAAUACUGGUUUGGAGUUAAACACGAAUAG